GCUACCGCAGCCCUAGUCCAGACCGAGACGAAGACCGGCAGCAUUCCUGGGCCAUGCAGCGCGCCAACACCCCCGCCGCGCAGAAGCGGCCCCGGCGCACCCCGCUGCAGGAGCUGCAGCUGCAGCCGGGCGCCGUCCGGACCAGCCUGACCCCGCUGCUCCGCCGGCUGCGGCUCAAGGACCAUGACUGCGCCACCCCGGUGUCCAGCAGCGUCACCGCGGUGCCCUGCAGCCCAGGACCACCGCGAAGUGCUACCCUGGGCCCCCCCAGCAGCACCAUCCCAAUGCCUUGCACACUGGAGCCCCCCAGCAGCACCGCUUUGGAGUCCCCCAGGACCUCUACCCGGGACCUCAGGACUCCCAGUCUUAAGCCUGGUGUUUCUGAGGCCCCCAGCAAUGCCACUCUUAUUCCUGGUGCCUUGGCGACCUCCAGCAGCACCAGCCCAGAGGCCCCUGGUAGUCCUAUCCCAGUGUCCAGCACACCAGAGGUCCCUGACAACACUGUGCCAGCCCCUCUGUGCAGCCCAGUUCUGGGGCCCAGCACUCAAGAGCCCUCCAGCAGCAUCGCCCCAGCCUCUGAGGGCAGCUCCAUCCCAGUGCCCAGCACCUCUGAGCCCCCCAGCAGUACUGUCCCAGCCUCUGAGGGCAGCUCCAUCCCAGUGCCCAGCACCUCUGAGCCCCCCAGCAGUACUGUCCCAGUCUCUGUGUGCAGCUCCAUCCCCGUGCCCAGCACCUCUGAGCCCCCCAGCAGUACUGUCCCAGUCUCUGUGUGCAGCUCCAUCCCCGUGCCCAGCACCUCUGAGCCCCCCAGCAGUACUGUCCCAGUCUCUGUGUGCAGCUCCAUCCCAGUGCCCAGCACCCCAGAGUGCCCUGGCAACACUGUGCCAGUCCCCCUGCACAGCCCUAUCCUGGUGCCCACCACCCCAGAGCCCUCCAGCAGCACCGUGCCAGUCCCCCUGUGCAGCUCCAUCCUAGACUCCAGCACCUCAGAGUGCCCUGGCAACACUGUGCCAGUCACACUGUGCAGCUCCAUCCGGGUGCCCAGCACCUUGGAGUCCCCUGGCAGCACCAUGUGCAGCCUUGUCCUGGAGCCAUGCAUGCUGGAAUCCCCUGGCAGCACCACCCCAGGGCCCCCCAACAUUAUUAGCUCAGGGUGUUGCAACCCAAACUCUCCAAGCAGCUCUGCUUUACCUCCCUGCAGCUCUGGAUCCCCCGGCAAUGCCAGCACAGCCUCCUGUACCCCAGGGCCUCCUGGCACCAGCUCCACUCCACAGAAAGCUCCUUUCCAAUGGUGGCGAGCAGCACCUCCAGAAUUUUCCUGCAGCCUUGUGGCCUCCGAGCCCCCAUCUGCAGAUGGGAGUGCUGAUUCUCUGCAUUGCCAAGGCGCUCCUGAGGGAGCUGAGUUCCCUGCCCCUGUCCCCCCAGAACAGAGCACACCCAGCCUCCCUCCCAUCAAUGCAAGUGGGUUGGAGCCUGUUGGGUCAGAAGCCACUGUCACCCCUGCCAGCUUGCCUGAAACAACCCUGGGUGCUGUGUCCUGGGUGUUGCCACUCAUGUGGCUAGAGAAGACCCUCAACAACUCCUUCCUGAUGGAAUCUGUGUGGAACAGCCUGCCCCUCCAAAAGCCACAGCAGGAUGCCAGCAGCAGUGACACCUCUGUGCCCACUGUGGUCACUGGCACCAGCACGACCCCUGUGCCCACCGUGGCCACAGGCACCAGCACAACCCCUGUGCCCACGGUGGUCACUGGCACCAGCACAACCCCUGUGCCCACUGUGGUCACUGGCACCAGCAUGACCCCUGUGCCCACCGUGGCCACAGGCACCAGCACAACCCCAGUGCUCUCCGUGGCCACUGGCACCUUCAUGACACCUCGGGACAUGUGGGAGAGGAGCAUGAACACAUCCAGGGGAAUCGUCCCCUGUGCCAAGGACAGUGCUGUGGAAACAGACUCCCUGCUCUGGCACUGUCCCCGGGAGCAGCUGAAGACCCUGCCACGGGCAGAACUGGAGGGGAGGCUGGAGAGCACCCUCAUCAUCAUCGAAGCCCUCUCGCUGCAGCUGCGUGACUGGCAGGAGAGCCGGCGGCCGCGGCCUGGCGUGGGGCCAGCCAAGCAGAGGGACGCGCUCACACAGACAGACACCACCCACCCCGAAGGGAACACCUGGAGCAGCCAGAGCCUCCUGUUCCGGGGCCUUGCGGAUGCUGCUUUUCGGAGCUUGCAGGAUGAGCAGGGAGAACAGGAGAGGACCCUGGUGUCGCAGUGCCAGGCUGUGCUCGAGCACUGCAAGGUGCAGAGCUGCCUGGAAGAGCGGGAUGCCAUCAGGCAGCGAGUAGAUGAAGCCCUACAAGCCAAGGAUCAGGGAUAUCUCUUCCUGGAGGCUUUCUGUGCCCAUGCCAGUGCCCAGAUCAGUGCCCGUGACCAGAGCCUGGCCUCCCAGCAAGAGCUGAGCACGCUGCUGGCCCAUGCCAUCAGCCUGCAGGCAUCCCUGUCUGCCGAAGCGCAGUCUUUCCGGGAAUUCUUAGAUGUCACCUUUGAAAAUCUGGAGAAGGAAAGGAGAGCCCUGGAUGAGGAGCGGGAGCAGACGAGGGCCCUGGUGUCCCAGUCCCAUGCCCUGUUGGAGCGUGUGCCCAGCAAGCUGCAGAGCUGCCUGGAGGAGCUGGCUGCCACACGGAAACGAGCAGAGGAAGCUCUUCAAGCCAAGGAGGAGGCAUCCUGCCAGCUGGAGAAGACCUUGGUGACCCUGCAGGACACAGAGGCUCAGCUGCAGCAGCUGACGGUGGCCAACUCGCGCCUGGGCAAAGACCUGAGCUCCGUGAUGAUAAAUCUGGCCAGCAUGGAGCAGGAGCGGGAUGCGCUGCAGCAGGAGAACGAGAAGCAGUGGGAGGAGAUGGCCCAGCUGGCAGAGGAGAGGAACUCCCUGCAGCAGGAGUGCAAGGAGCUGUGCCAGGAGCUGCGGGAGGCCAUCGAGUUCCGGGAGUUCCUGGAUCAGGAGAACCAAAUGUGCCGCACUCAGCUGCUGGAGGUGGAGGCCAGACUGAACUCCACGCUGGCCACGCUGCAGGAGCGUGUCCUGCAGCACGAGGAGCUGAUGGAGUCCCACCAACACCUGCGGGAAGAGCAGGCUGCCCUCAGCAAGGAGCUGGACAGCACCAAGGCUGAGCUCCUCAGCUUGCAGACACAGAGGAGCAAAGUUUCUUGGUGCUCCAUGGACAUUAUGGAGAGCAAGAUUUGGUUGCAGGAGCUGGCUGACUGCCUCAAGGCUGCUCUGGAAGAGCAGGAUGAUGUUGAUGCUCCAUCAAGAAGCAAAGCCUGGACCCCAGGGCCCCGGACCCCAGGCUGGCAGACCCCACGCCGUGCCCGGACCCCGGCCUUCCGCACCCCGGCUUUCCGCACCCCGGCGUGCCGCACCCCGAGCCACGCUGGCAGCUCCUUUGUGGGCAGUGUCCUGAAAGCCGUGGCAGGGAAAGAUGCCAGUGAGACCACCAGAAGUAGCAGUACAGUUGCCAAGGACAAACUUGCAUCCGUGCCAAAGCCAAUAGAUCCCGAGGAUGCUCUGCUGGAGAGCGUGAAGGAGCUGAGAUCUGUGGUCUCCAACCUUGCCAUGCUGAGCUCCCGCAUCCAAGAACUGGAGCAGAGCGAGUUCAGGGCACUGCAGACAGAGAUCUCUGACCUGCAGGUCCACCUGAAGACAGUGACAGCUGAGAGCCAGGAGAAGGUGCAUACCCAGGCUGCCACCAUUGCCAAGCUGAACACGGCGCUGAGGACCAAGCUUGAGAAUGAGAAGAAGCUGCAGGACCUGGUGAAACAGCAGGAAAAGAAGAUGUUGCAACUCGUUGACAAGAGUGGAGAAGUCAUGAGGCUGAAGGCAGAAGUCUCUGAGCUGAAGCACUUGCUCCAGCACGCAGAGACAGAAGCCAAGAUGCUGCGGGAGGAGAUGAGGGACAAGGAGCAGCAGGUGGAUAAACUGCGGCUGCUGCUGGUGGAAAAAGAGAAUGAGAACAUGCAGCUCACUAACAAGUACCUGGAGCAGGUCCGAGGGCUGGAGAAGAAGCUCCAUCAUACCCAGAAAGUGCUGAGAACCCAUGAGGAGAUACAGGAGAAUAUAAAAAAGGUCCUGUCGGCUGUCCCUGAGGAGGCUCUGGACUGCCAGGAGUUUCAGAGCAUGCUGUGCUACCUGGGCCUGAAGCCAGCCAGCAAGGAAGCUGCUGAGCCGCUAUAGCCUGUAGCC